UGACAUCAUUAAGUGUCGAACCCUCGGCUAGUUUGUUAAUUUGAUCCAACCUUUAUGUAUAGUGACAGAUUUGCCCUUAUCACCGCCUUUCCCUUCCCCUCGGAAAGAUUAAAAUUAUCCAAAUUAGGGCUCACAAAUCACAGAAGAGAGCUCCGAAUCUCUACACGAAAUGGAGGCUGCGAAAGAAAGGGUUGGCUUGCUCGACAAAAUCCUCCCGCCGGCAUUGGCAGACGCCGGGCUCGAGGAUUGUGCUCUGCCGCCGGAUUCUAUACAGGAAGCAUUUCGUAAAGCCGCCGACGCCGUGAAAUCGCGCGCGGCCUCGCUUUUCGAAGACGAGGAGGAAGGCGGUUGUGUAGCGGAUCCGCGACCAGCAUCGAAGGGAACCGAGACGAUUCCGAGACCGGGAGCUUCUGACACGGUCAUCGUGGGCGGGGGAAAUGAAGGGGAUGCUGGGCCGUGUCUAGUCGGAAAGGGGAAUGAGAAGUUGGCUGGUUCGGAACAGAGCGGAGAUGCGUUGGUGGUGGCAGGCGAAGGAGGAGAGGGGAAGAGCUGCGGUGAUGGUUUGAAGGACUUAGAUGUUGAAGGUAUGGAGAGUAGCACUGAGAAGAAGGAUCAGAGUGAAGAAGAUGAAGAAGAGGAGAAGAAACCGAUCUUGGUUGAAGGAUAUGUCUGAGAUUCCUAUCACGUUGCUCCCUCGUGUAUAUAUAAAAUAAAUGCAUUUUGACUUUAGCAGCUUGCCCCUUUAAAGUCUGAGCUUUGUCUCCGUAGGCAAUGGUGGCAAAGCUUAUAUGUAUCUCCUGUUUGACAUUAAACUUGGAUGAAAUACGAGUUUGGGGAAUAAAUAGGCGACUCUCUCUUUUGGUUUGA